AGAGAAGGGCUGGCCAGGACCAGGGAGGGAGGGAGGCGGGAGGCGGGAGAAGGGAGGAGCGCAGGCAGAAACAAGCACUGAGGGGCCGGCGGAAGGGAGGAGGGACACACACGCCUGGCCCCGCCACUGCCUCAGCAACCGGUGGGGCUGCUGGUGGGAGCAGCUCUGUCUGCCCGCACCUGUGUGCGCUGGGCCACAGAGAGCCAACUGCUGCCGCCCGCUGCCCGCCCGCCCGUCCGUCCACCCGUGCGGGAGGACCAGCCAGCCAGCCUCGAGCUGGGGGCUUGCCUGCCACUGAGACGGGGUCUGCCUCCGGUCUCGAAGAUGUCUGGCAAACUUCUCCUGCUCUACCUGGCCAUCUAUCCGGCCCUCCAAAUGAGCACUGACCUUGCUGAGGAGUAUGACUACGAUUACCUUGGUAUCAACAAAACCUGGGUCCUGACUCCCAGGGCACAUGACACUGAUGCUACCCAGAUCUUGAAUACUCUUCUGAAGGACUAUGACAGCAAGCUGAGACCUGACAUUGGAAUCAAGCCUACAAACAUUGAUGUUGAUAUCUAUGUGAACAGCAUUGGACCAGUAUCUGUCAUCCAAAUGGAAUACACCAUUGACAUCUUCUUUGCCCAGAGCUGGUAUGAUCGUCGCCUCCGCUUCAACAGUACCCUUAAAGCUCUAACUCUGAACAGCAACAUGGUAAGCCGCAUUUGGAUCCCGGAUACCUUUUUCCGGAACUCCAAGAGGGCUGACUCUCACUGGAUCACCACACCCAAUCAGCUACUGCGCAUCUGGAAUGAUGGGAAGGUUCUCUACACCCUUAGGCUGACUAUAGAAGCUGAAUGUCUCCUCCAGCUCCAGAACUUCCCAAUGGACACCCAUUCCUGCCCUCUCAUCUUUUCUAGCUAUGGUUAUCCAGCUGAAGAGAUUGUUUACCGUUGGAGGCGCUACUCCAUUGAAGUAUCAGACCAGCGUUCCUGGAGGCUCUACCAGUUUGACUUUACAGGACUGCGGAACACAUCGGAAGUUCUCCGGACUGGUGCUGGUGAUUACAUGGUCAUGACUGUUUCUUUUGACCUAAGCCGGCGGAUGGGCUACUUUGCCAUUCAGACCUAUAUCCCUUGCAUAUUGACGGUGGUACUCUCUUGGGUUUCCUUUUGGAUCAAGAGAGAUUCCACUCCUGCCAGGACUUCCUUGGGGAUCACUACCGUGCUUACCAUGACUACCUUGAGCACCAUUUCCCGAAAACACCUCCCACGUGUUUCCUAUGUAACCGCCAUGGACCUCUUUGUCUCCGUGUGCUUCAUCUUCGUCUUUGCUGCCUUGAUUGAGUAUGCCACACUCAACUACUUGGUGGGAAACAGGAAGCUGCUUUCCGGCAGCAGCAAGCGGAGAUCCAGGCCUCGUCCUGCCAUUGCCAGUGCCAGGGCCAUUGCCAGUGCCAGGGCCAGCCCCAGGGCCAGCCCUAGGGCCAGCCCCAGUACCAGCAUCAGCCUUGGUGCCGCUCUUGGUGCCAAUAUCAGUGCCAGUGCUGGCCCCAGCCUCUGUACCAGUGUUGGUGCCGGUGCCACUUUUGGUGCUGGUCCUGGUGCCACCUUUGGUGCUGGUGCCACUUUUGGUGCUAGUCCUAGUGCCACUUUUGGUGCUGGUGCCACUUUUGGUGCUGGUCCUGGUGCCCCUUUUGGUGCUGGUCCUGGUGCCCCUUUUGGUGCUGGUCCUGGUCCCACUUUGGUUGCUUGUCCUAGUCCUACUUUGGUUGCUAGUCCCAGUGCCACUUUUGGUGCUGGUUCUGGUCCCAUUUUGGCUGCUGGUCCCGGUGCCACUUUUGGUGCUGGUCCUGGUCCCACUUUGGUUGCUGGUUCUGGUCCCACUUUGGUUGCUGGUCCUGGUCCCAGUUUGGUUGCUGGUCCCGGUGCCACUUUUGGUGCUGGUCCCGGUGCCACUUUUGGUGCUGGUCCCGGUGCCACUUUUGGUGCUGGUCCCGGUGCCGCUUUUGGUGCUGGUCCUGGUGCUGCUUUUGGUGCUGGUCCUGGAGCCACUCUUGGUGCUGGUCUCGGAGCCACUCUUGGUGCUGGUCCUGGAGCCACUCUUGGUGCUGGUCCUGGUGCCACCUUUGGUUCUGGUGCCAGUGCUGGUGCCACUUUUGGUCCUGGUACUGGUGCCAGUGUCAGUGGCAUGCCUGCCUUCACUGCCAUCACUAUUACCAGCAGCAUGCCCUGGGUCCCGGAUCGAGUAGAGGAAGAAGACGAUGAUGAUGAUGAGGAGGACGAGGAAGAGCAGGAGGAGACCACUUGCUGCCCAGGGAAGGAAUGUCAGCAGUUCUUCUGCUGCAUUGAAGAUUGCCAGAGAGGCACAUGGAGGGAAGGCCGUGUCCGCAUCCACAUCUCCCGCCUGGAUACCUACUCACGAGUCUUCUUCCCCACUGCGUUCCUACUGUUCAACGUCGUGUAUUGGAUCGCUUAUCUGUACCUCUAAAUGGCCUGUCUGUUUCCAUGAGGAGAGGCCGCCUAUGAUCAUCUGGAGGGGCCCCCCAAUCAUGGCCAAUGGGGAAAAGAAGCAGCUGGAAAUGUUCUCGUCUUGUAUCUUUUUUGCUAUUCCCCAGCUAACCCUUCCAAGAUCUAGCUUUUGCAAGAUCUUGGCUCUGUAUCCUUGUCCCCUGGGGUGACCCAGACACCUCCUAAGAAGGCUCCUUGUCCUCUUCCUUCUAUCUUGUAUCUUGAUCUUGAUUGAUAGAACCUUGGAUUGAUAGAAAUUUCUCUUUGUGCCUCAGGCUUAUUUGAUUUGGAAUGAGGACCUGGAUUUGAAUCCUCUGUCAAUUGAAAGCCUUGGUGGAGGUCACUGGACCAUAGAUUUUGAGAUAGAAGAAACCUUAGAUGUCAACUAGUCCAAUCCCCUCAUUUUAUAGAAGAGAAAAAACUAAGGCCCAAAGAGAAUAGCGACUUGCCCAAAGUUACACAAGUAGUAAGUGGCAGAGAUUCCAACCUUGAUCUUCUGACCCCAAAUCCAUCAUUCUUCCCACUUCUCCAUGAUAGCCCUGAAUGAGCACAAAAAUCCCUUCCUGAUCUUUCUGAGGUAGCAAGGAACCAGGACCAGAGGUGUGGAGGCCAGAGAAUGCAGAAGCAAGGAAGCCAGUAGAAGCUACAUUCAGAGAUGAAAGGCAAGAAAGUGCAGGAUCACUGACAUGUUACCGAAGCCGGUCAUUGGGCACUUUGCCCUUGGCACUGCUUGGGUGUCACUGAGAGUUAAGCUGAAGGAUUCUACCCUCACCUAUGACUUUACAAAAUAAUCAUUUAUUCCCUGGGCUAUGCUUCUAAACCAAACCAUACAGAUUUGGUCUUGAGAUUCAAGGCUCUUAGAGCCCAAUGAUCUAUAUUUUUCCCUGGAAUUAGACUUUAGGGCUUUCCUAUCCCACUAAAAUUGGUCUGCUAGAUCCACAGCAGCCUCCUCAGCCACUAGGGUACAAUAUCCCCCAUAGUAACACCCUGUUAGGUAGUUGGGUUUCCUGGUUACAUAUAGAGGGCCAUGUGGCCAAGUUGAGGGAAUGGUACCUGCCACAUAGCCAAAAUUAAGAUUAGAGAUUUCAGAGGCCAUCUUGUCCAAUUCCAAAAUCCUCCGGAGGGAGAAACUAAAGCUCCAAGAGGCAUAAUGACUUGCUCAAGGUCAUGCAGCUGGUAAAUGGCAGAUCUGAGUUAGUUCACAUACUGUUAAUGCUGUGACUAUUCCUGCUACCAAUCCUUCCCUCCCCCCAUCUUGCCUACCCUCCAAAGAACCUCUGUUAAUGGGAACUUCUCCAGAAUCCCUUUCAGAGGAAGAGGGUCAGUGUCUGGCCCUUGUUGGACAGCUCCCACUCACUCUUGCCAGUAGGAUCUCUGACCCACCCACUAGCUGAGUUCAUAGGUCAGUUUUGUUAGUGUAAAACUACUGAUGUUUUCUCAAGUUUUUCUUCUAGUUCGAUUUCUAGAUACUGCUUGUUUUUUCCCUUGGCAAUUCUUAGCACCCUACCUACUACCACAGGCCCUGGAUGCAGUCUCAAAUCUCUUGGGACAUUUCAACUGCAUCCCUUAAACACAGCCCACUUUGUAGUGCCAAUCUCUGGCCUGUAGCUAGGCAUAGCAUAUACUGUGGCUUCAAUCACCACACACCACUCAGCUCUCUCCCAGGGCAGAAUGACAUGAACACCCCAGAUCCUAUCCAUCCAUAGAGCUCAUCCUCCCUUCCCAGGUGACUCCACUUAUAUGACCUCCUUUGAGCCUCUUCCCCCAAGAGAGGCAGGGCAGGGAUCAUUCUCUAGACAAGGACAUUGAGGCCAGAAGAAAGAAAGCCACACAGCUGAGCCAAUGACUGUUGAAGCCAAUGACAUUGUGAAGCAUGCAAGAAUCUGCCAUCACUUGUGAUGCCUUAGGACACUCUGCUGGCACCCUUCUGAGACAGACAACAGGGUGUCCAGGCAUCUCGAGUGUUCAUGAGUUCAGCCAGCAGCCACUUUAGCUCUUUGAUUUGGGGUCAUGGUCAUAUAUCAUAUAGUUCUUCACCCGCCCCAAACCAACAAUCUGCCCACUGUUCCACAAUGACAUCCCCACUUUAGCAUUGGCUAGGGCAUAGCCCAAGUUCAGCCCUUACAUAAUGCCUCUGCCAAGGCAGGGACACUGUGAUUCAAGUAACCAAACAACAUCAAGUCUUAAAGGGUCAAAAUUAAGCUCUAUGUCCAGCAGACCCACCCAAAUAGCCUCCUUUGACUCUGGGCCCCCCAGCAGUGACCUUGAAUGAUCCCUAAUGCUUAUGAGCUGUGAAAGAAAUGUAUUGAUGUAAUUUAUGUUGUUGUAAUGGGGUAGGGGGGUGGGGGUGGGCAAAGAGACCAGUCUGCUUUCUUACAACUAAAUUUUGGGGCAAAAGAUUAAAUCUGUUGUUGAAGAAUGCA